ACACACUGUGCGCGCACAACGUGCCGUGCCGUUAUGCGCCGCGCCGUGAUUUGCCGUUCAUUGCCAAUGCAGCCUAAGGGAAAGGCUUAACGGAUCGCAUACAGACAGACAGGCAGCGACAAACCCGGCUCAUUAAAAUCCCGUCUGCAGACCCUACGCCGGUCGUGCGCAGUAGCCCACUACCACAGCUCCUCGCGGUGCUGCAGACGGACCCCAAAGCGCGCGGUAAAGGUGCCGAGAAAAGGGCAACUGAUCGGUACAAUGGGACCGAACCCAACCCGUUGAUUGGUUCCGAGAUAAACACGCACACAGAAGCUGAAAGGGAAGUCAAACGUUGUGGAAGUUAACGGCGACAUGGCGAAAACGGGCAAGAUCUGAACUUUAGAGGAUCAGCUGUAAGGACAGGGUACAGCCCAGCGAUCUGACCGGCACACCGAGGAACGGGAUCACAGUUUGCAUCAGUGUGUCAAAGAUCGAGCCAACAGUAUGGCGCGCAGUGACAGUCGUUUGUGCACCUGGCAGGUGAUACUGACCAUCUCAAUGGUCAUCGUCCCCCUGUCUGCUCACGGGAGGCAUUCUCUGUCAAGGCACCAUCAUCACCACAACCAAUCAUCUGUCAACAAGGAGGCCUUGAACACCAGGAUGGUGCUCAGUGAUGACUCGGCAGAGAGGGACCACCUGAUUGGGCUUGGGGCUAAACUCCCACUCAGCGCCACGAAACAUCACCGUUCUCAUAAACAUGCCCACCUAGACGUUGCUGAGGAAGACCCACCUGUGGGGGAGGAGCUCACUGCCGGUGGGGCGGGUCCAGACCAGCCCGGAAACCCAAUGUCUGAUGAAGUCAUCACCGUGGAGUUUCACAGCCCUGCGCCGGAUGUUGUGCCCUCUGACAUUGAUCUGGAUUGGGCCAAAGCCCCUCAACCCCAGAAGCAAAAAGGAGGAGACCCAACUGCAUGGACGCUGUCUGACUUUUACGACUACCUGUCUCCUGAUAACGACGUCUCAGCCUUGGAUGCGACCCCAGAACCUGAGCCCACCCCUUCACCCCCGCCUGACAUGGAAGAUGAGAACCCUCUCCUGGCUGGUUCUCCUGCUGUUCCUGAAAAUGUGCGGCCUAACGUGGACAGCGGGCCCUCCGUGCCAGCUCCCUCCAUGCCGGCGCCAGACAAAGAUGAUGGGUUAGGCUUAGGUGGCGCCAUGGGGGCCGACGGCUGCAGGCUUGGCUAUGUUCGCUCUGGACCUGGAGUCUGUGUGUCUCAGUGUGACAUUGAACCCAAUUUCUGCCUCAAUGGAGGAGUUUGCACUGUGGUGGCAGGAAUGGGAGCUUUCUGCAGGUGCAAUGUGCAGGAGUACAUAUGGAACAAAGGCACGCGCUGUGAUUGGGCGAUCACAGAGUUCCAGGUGAUGUGCGUGGUUGUGGGCAUGGCCUCAGUGGUGCUCAUCUUCCUCUUCAUGAUCAUUGUAUGCUUUGCCAAGAAGCUGCACCGCCUCAAGAACGAGAACAAGCGCCUUCGCAAACGCAGGUGUGUGACUGGGAGUAAAUACCGCCCACAGAGCAGCGAGCCACAGACAGACGGCCUGUCUGUGUCCACAACAGCCGACGGCUCGCAGCCAAACGUAAGGAAACUGUGCGACACCCCUCCGCUCGCUCCCCAAGCUCACACUCACAACCUGGCAUACUAUGACAACAUUAUCUGUCAGCGGCCAUCAACAGCCAGCUAUACCUGGGAAUAUAAACCCAGAUACCCCUAUAAUAACUUUCAGCAGCUGCAUUCCACGUGCACUGAUGACCCUCAGAAGCAGGAGGACCCAGCAAAGUCCGCCCAAGCUAAGGAAGAGGGUUCAAUGAACAUCCUCAACUCUCAUUCCCCCAAACACGAGAACAACCGUCCAACCUCUGUCGCCCACGACCAGGGCCACACCCCUAACAACACAGAGGAGAACGCCGAGGUAAACUCGCUCCAGAACAACCUAGUAUAAUAUCAGCACCUUUCAAAGUGUGCUACUGGAAAAUCUGACCAAAAUAUUUAAAGCACACAUGAGUGUGCACAACAAAUUAUUACAUAUUGUGAUAAAGUGCAUUAUAUGUAUUUAAAACAAGUCCAAUCAGGCACAAUGUCAAAAAAAGCACAUGAAUUUUGGAAUACACCUUGAGAAGCACAACAUUCCUGUUUACAAGGCUGCCAUGCCAAUGCUGUUCACAUAGUGGGGCCGCGCCUCCUGUCUUUCCUCUUUUGCCUCUUAUGCUGGACUAAAAUCUCUGGCUUGGACCAACUAAUGACUGACUUUCCUCUCUACUGAUGCCCUGCCUUGGUCUUUGACCAAUGAACUCUUGCUCCCUCAUUGUUUCCUCUCCUGUUUACCCAAGCCCUCCCCUCGCCUCUGCCUACCCCGCCUUACUGUCUCUCUCUGCCCGCAUGCAUUGUUGUUAUCGACAAAAAGUGUCUGAAAAACGUAAUAUUUGCAAAAGAAAUAAGUGGAAACCAAGUGAAUCUGUAUUUGCGGAAUAUUCGUGUUUGACAUUGCUUAUAAAUGGAUAAUUUUAGAUUAUAUGAGGUCAAAGUAAUUGCUUGGAGUUGAUAUUUGAAUCUAUAUACAUAUAUAACACACGCGUGUCUUGGAUUUCAAUGUGAUUUAUAAUACUUUAAUGUACUUGCGGUUCUUUUGUACUUUUUUUGGUAUACAUGGAGGAUUAUUAUUCAAGGU